AUGGCGUCUGACGGAGAAAUUUCUUGUACGAAUGAUCCUAAUUUUGCUGUUAUCUUUUCAUUCUUGAAAGUAUUUGGGAAGUUGUACGGUUUAGAUAUCCCUUCUUUAUCUAAAUUGCAGGAGCUAAUAGAAAACACAGAAGAAGUAUUGGAGCCAUUGAAAGAUUUGCACUUGAGAUUGUUACGUCGUGCACAGAAAUCUGUUCAGAGUACUAGAUGGGAGAAGUCUCUUAUCAAGUUCUGUCAUCAGCAAGCCCACCAUCAGGAAGCUUGGGAGAUAGAAAGGUUUUCCUACAAGAAAGCUAGCACUCAAGUAAAGUUAAAAAUCUUGAAAUUACUCCUUGAAUAUCAAUUCACUUGCCAUCCGAAAUUUAAGAACACUGUUAAUAGUUUAUCUUACAAGGAGUUGAGGUUAGAUCCUAUAGGGCGAGAUAAAAAUGGAUGUGUUUACUGGAUGCAAGUGGACCACGAAGCGAAUAUGUGUUUGUAUAAGGAAGAUCAGGAUGAAGAAACGUGGCAAUUAAUUGCAAGGUCAAGGGAAGAAUUACAAAAAGUAAUUGCCCAAUUGAAAAAUGGAGAAGAAAUCUCAGUUUCAAGUACAGUGUGUGCAAGCAAUCUAAAUAGUGAAGACUCCAGUGGUAAUGAAGUAGUUCAAAAGAAGGAGAAGACUCAAUCUGAUGACCACGAAGAUGAAAAUGAAGAUGAAUUUUUAAGCCCAGAAUCAGAGUCCGGACACGAAAGUGAUAAUCAGAAUGUUGAGAAAUGCUCUGCAAGUAAAAUAAUACUUAAAGAGAUUGAAAAUAAUGAAGAACAAUCAAAGAAUGAAUCCAAGCAAGAAAAACAGACUACCCAACCUAAACAAAUGAAAGAGGAUAAAGAAAUAGAUCUAGAGGAAAGUGAAAAGAAGUCUGAAGAUCCAUUAAAGAGCCCAAUUAGAGAUAACACUGAGGGUAUUGAUAAAAAAUCUAAUACAAUAUUACAUAAAACAGAAGAAUUAAUAAAAGAUGAGAAAAAAACAGUAUCAAACACAGAAACCACACAAGAAGAAGAAAAUUCAGUUUGCAAUGAAAGUGUUGGUGAGGCGAUAGAAGAACCAGUUAUGAUUAUAACUGGGGAAGGGAAUGGUGCUGACUGCCAAAGUUCUUAUUUUAUUGGGGAUGAAAUAAGUGAACCUGUUAUGUUCAUUUAUGGUGACGGUUGGGGUUAUGAUAAUUGUACGGGUAAUCCUGAAGUCAACAGUGAAACACACAGUGGAGAAAAUUCUGGUGAAGACAACCCACCUGAAGAAUGCAAUGGUGAACACAAUGAAGUUCUUAAUAGUACAAAUAAAUUAGGAUUAGUGAAAUUAAAAUCUAUGAACAAGAGAUCUUUGAAAAAACAAUCAAAUGAUUUUGCCGAAAUUCUUAAUUCAGAUUCUAAGAAGCAGUGUAAGAGGCCAACUGACAACGACAGUAAUUCUAUUUCUAACACUGUUAGUAAUGAAAAUGAUAAAAAAGAUAGUUCUGUAGAUGAUAGUAGUACUCCGAGUAAAGACAAUGAUAAAUCUAAAAAGAAAGUUAAAGGCAAAGUAAAAAAGAAACAUCUGCUUAGAAAAAAUAUUAAAGAUAAAGAAAAGAUAAAUUCAGUACCAGAAACAAAGAAAUUUCACAAUGGUAAAAACAGUAUUAUUGAAAAGAGAAAGAGUAGUCUAUCUUCUGAGCAAGAUGACGAUGAUUAUGAACAUGACAAGAAUAAAUUACCGGCGACAGAUUUAAAAGAGGACCCCCUUCCUUCAAAAAAGUUGCGUUUAGAUUCUGCGCCCACAGAUGACGAUGUAUCACUCUCUAAAGGCAAUUUAGAUAAUAAAAGCGAUGUGGGUAAUGACAAUAUUGAAAACAAAAAUUGCAAUGUAGAUGAAAAUUGUGAUUCAAUAUCUAAUAGAAAAAAAAUUAAAGCCAAGAAAGGAAAAGUUAAAUGCAGAAAGUUUCUUUACAAUAAAGACUCAAAAAACAAUGAAAGGAUAAACAAUUCAAAAAGGAAAAGUAAGGCAGUAAAAAGAUCCUUAUUAAAUUCAACUCAUAGUGAUAAAAGUAAGUCAGAAUCUCAGAGUGAGAGUGAGGAGGAUGAACCCCUUAGUAGUGGAAAAAGAUUAAAGAUCAAACCUAAGAAAAUAGUUACAAGUUCAAGAAAAAAAGUUGAGGCAAAAUUUCUGGCGAAGAGUUCAAGCGAAUCAGAGGAAGAGACCCUGUACAGUUUAGCUGGGAAAAAGUCUGCAAAGAAAUUAAAAAAGAAACAGAAGAAUGACAAACAAAAGCCAAAAGGAGACAAGUCCGAGGAUCUAGAUACGCCUGUUAGACAGUCUCGCCGGAUAGCUCAGAUGAAGAUAAAGGAAGAAGCCGAUAGGAGACAACUAGAAGAGGUGACUUUAAGGGAACUGAAGAUGAUACAUAAAAAAAAGAACAAAGAUGAUGAAGAGGAUUGGAAAGCGAGUGGCAGUAGUUCGGACUCAGAUCAUAGGUUGUCCUCGCGUAAAAAGCAGAACAAGUGGAAAGCUUCCGAUUCGACGGGCCCUGAUCAGGAUUCUGAUUCAGAUGAACCACUAUUUGACCCUCAAUAUGAACCCGAUCUCGUUUUCAAUAAGUCAGAUCAUGAAUUCUCGCCAGAAUCAGAUCUAGAGAGUGAGGAACAAGAACCAGUCAAAAGAGCAAGAACACUACAAGAAGCAGAUGCACAAGGUUCUGAUGGUGCAUGUCGUCGAUGUGGCAGCGGUGAGCAGCCCGAGUGGAUCCUUCUAUGCGACAAGUGUGACGCUGGAUACCACGCCAGCUGUCUCAAGCCGAUGUUAUUCCUGGUACCACAUUCUCAAUGGUUUUGCCCACCUUGUGAACAUGGAUUCCUUAUUACGGCUCUAGAAAAAGAAAUAGUUAAAUAUGAUGAACUAGUUGCACAAGUAGAGGCGGAGAGGGAAAGGAAACUUCUAGAGGAACCUGAGGAAGAAGAAGUAAAGCAAGAAGAAGUAAAAAAGGAAGAAAGCGAGGAUAAGUCUGAAGACGAAUCUGAAGGUAGCGAAAGUUGGUCGUCGUCGUCGUCUUCUGGUGGUGUAUAUAGACUGCGCACGCGCAAGCAACUGCCAGUAUCGUACCGGGCUAGAGAAUACGACCGCCUCAUCUCUUCCGCCAUCAAGGAGGAAUAUGUGGAGCCGACAACGAGCGCUGGAAACCAGGGUCGAGGCAAAGACAUCUCCACUAUUAUUGAAGCUGCUGAGGAGGAGAAGAUGAAAGCUGAGCGAGAAGCAAUUGAACAGGGUAAACCGAUAGAGCCCAGGAAAGUAACUCGCAAGCAACGCCGUAAAGCUCGCAAGCUCAACUCGCUCGACGUUCCAUCCGAGGACGAUGACGAAACUGACGAAGACUUCAAGGAUACCGGACUAGAAUCGUCUUCUUCUGAGAUAUCCUCACGUGGCAGUUCUAGCGAAUCACCGUCAGACGAGCAUAGAGAAGUAAAAAGAAUCGUUGAGUCUUCACCUGAUCUGAAGAAAAAGAAGAAAGGUGUUUUUGAAGACAGUUCCAGCGAGUCGGCUGCCGAGAAAGAGCAUUCUAAGAAGCAAAAGUCGAAAAAGCACCACCACUCUUCGAAAAGACGCGAUAAAUUGACGAAAAGGCCUCGUAAAAGUGGUCUCACGCAAUACGAUUCGUUCGGUAACGCGAUACGACCCCGCGUUACGUACGGCGGCUUGAGCGAUGAGCCCAACGACUGGUCACCGAAGCACAGAACUAGACAAAAGAAGAUAAACUACACAGAGAUGCCCAACACUGAAUCGGAGGAUGAAAUGCACAAAUCCAGUGGAAAGCACAUGCCGGACAGUUCAGACGAGUUCAAGUUAGACGACUCCGAGUUAAGUUCGGAUGACUCCGCGAAGGCUCGCGAAGCGGAGAAGCGGGACUCCGAUGACGAGGAGAAGAAACGCGCCAUCUCUGAACUGAUUACCAAAACCGCUGUUGUACCAUUGGAGAAGCUACCUGAUGACGUCACUCGUGCCAAAACAGAGGCGCUGCAAGCUCAUCUAGAGGCACAAGCAAUAUCGGCCAAACCAUCAAGAGGGCGCGGAAGUCGAGGUGGACGAGGAAGCCGUGGGGGGCGUGGUCGUGGUCGAGGUGGGUCUAGAGGCAGUGCUACCACUCCACCCUCCGACGAUGCACUUGCCAAACUUGUCGGGGUCAAGAUCAAAGAUCUUAGGCCUGAAAAUGCAGUGCUUACACCGAAUCAAGUGGAGCGAGAGAAAAAACGCCAAGAGCGAGAAGCGAAACAAGCUGAAAAGGAGGCACGAAGAAUGGAAAGAUUGCAAAAGAAAGAAGAAAAGGAAAAACUAAAAGAGCUCAAGGCAAAGGAAAGAGAAGAAAAGAAAUUGGCAAAGAUAGCAUUACAAGAGAGCCGCCGAUUAAAGAGGGAAAAACCAGAGUUCGGACUCGCUCGGCCCCCUGGAGAAGCAUUUAUGGGUCGGCCUGAUUACCCUGGGCCGAGACCGGAGUAUCCGGGUGUUCAACCAAGUUAUCAAGGUGUCCGCCCCGAAUUUGGGGGUCGUCCGCCCGAUUUUCCAGAUCGCUAUCCACAUAACCAACAGCCGCGACUACAGGUUCGACCCGAAUUACGCGGCAUGGCGGGAGGCGAGGAUAGGAUGAUGAUGAGACCGGACCACCAUCACGUUAUGAGAGAAGGAACAUUAUCUGUCGCAGGCUCACCGCAACCAUUUAAACCUGUGUCGGAAGAGCCCAGUAUUAUCACACGAAUGCCUCACAUGUUAAAUCACCAAUACCGGGGCCAAAUGAUGUACCCUCCCGCCGGUUCUAGUUACGGCCCGCGGGGACAAGGAAUGAUGUAUCAGUUGCACCCAGGACUCGGCCCUCAAGGACGUCCUACAUAUCCAUCUCAGUAUUACUAUCCGCGUGGUAACCCACACGGUCCCCCCGGCCCUAUGCCUCCGCAUGGUCCCCCUUCUUCGCCGCAGGGUCCUACAGCCACACCACAAGGAUCGGUUCCCGCGCCACAUGGUCCGCCCAUUUCUCCCCAUGGUCCCCUUCAGCCUCACCACAGGCCACCAGCGUAUCGCCCUCCUGGACCUCACCCCACCUCCUUCCCGCUUCGACCGACUAGGCCAGAAUCACAAGGUGUUUAUCCACCUGGUGUGCACGGUCCGGCCUCCUCCCCGCACGGUCACAUGUCCCAAUCACCCCACGGACUUAUGUCUCAAUCACCACACGGACCACACGCACCUGCUGGUCUUGCACAAAGUACUCCCCCUAACCAGCAUGCGUCCGGUGUCCAGUCUUCUCCAUCGCCGGGUUUACGACUCCCCCAGCCUGGUAACCCACCGAUGCUAAUCCGUCCACCGUCUGACGUGAACGUUUCACCGCAUCAACAAAUCUCUCCGACGCCAGACAACUUUCCUGUUAAAAUUAAAGCUGAAGUGAAAACGGAGCCCGAGUACCAGUCGCCACCCGGAUCGCCUUCACAGCGUCCUCUUUCUCCAGAACAACCUCGUAAUAGAAUAAAACACACGGAAAAUAAAGCUCGACCUCUUGGGCCUUACGCCCCUCAGUAUGGUCCGUACGGGCCCUACGCUCCGCCGGUGUCACAGGCUGAAGCAUUACAAGCACGCUUACAUCACAACUCGUUACAUCGCAUGCCAAAUAUGCCACCCUACCUACACGGAGACCCUAGGGCGUCACCCUCUAGAAGUCCUCUGUCCGGUCCUGAGAGAAUGCCGUUCGAACCCUUAAGGCACGAUGUCCAGCGACCGCCUAGCAGAGGUCUUCACGACAUGCUACGUCCCAGUGGACCUGAUAAAUUCAUGCUAAAGCACGAAAGACCUAUAAUGCACGAAAUGAACAGGCCGCCAGGGUCUGAGGGUUCCAUCUUACACGAUAUGAUUCGUGCUCCGAUUCGACCUAUCUCACAAGACAUGUUACGACCGCCUGUCGAUAGAUCACCAACGAAUAUACCAGAAAAUAGACUUCCCACUCCUGAAAGACAGGUACCUCGACCUAUUACAGAUCGUAAUGUUCCACAUGAUAUACGAUAUCAUGAUAUGCCGCGACCGCCGGGUCAUGAACGUUCCAUGACUGAUAUGCUAAGGCCAGCAGGACCGGAGCGAAUCAUGCACGAAGUCUUACGCCAUCCGGGACCGGAACGACACGAUAUUCGACCGGCAGCACCGGAUCGCCAUAUUCAAGAUAUGUUACGAGCACGAGGCCCCGAACGUCCGAUGCAUGAUACCAUACGGCAUCCAGUUCCUGAUCGGCAAGAUAUUCGACCUCCAGGGCCAGAUCACCCCAUGCACGAAAUGUUGCGGCCGUCUGGUGCCAAUCGUACAAUACACGACUUACUUAGGCAGCCUCGUCCGGACCGCCCGAUGCACGACAUGUUGCAACCUCCGGGGUCAGAUAAAAUUUCCGAGUUACCUCGUUUUCAGGAUCCGAAUCUGAUUCGCGAUAUGUCAAGACCGCCCCUAGAUAUGAUAAGGCCAGAAAGGCUAAUGGGUCACGACCUGCCACCGCACUAUCCAUACUUGAGGCCUCAAAUAAGACCUCCGUACGGCAUGCCGAUACGACAUCCGACUUCAGACCAGUCUAGUCCCGGCAUGUCAGCGUACGCGCAGUACGGAAACAGGAUCGAUAAUCAGCCAAUGAUGAUGCGAGACUCUGUACUUAUAAGAAAAUCACCGCACCCCAACGAUUCCACUCCAGAACCGCGAGAGAGUGAAUCUCCCAGGGAGGAACAUCCGCAAUCCCCCCCCGAAACCAAACCGGAAAUUCCCGAACUGGAUGGAAAUGUAAAUAAAAAUGUUCCAAUGAAAUUAAGCAAUAUUAAAGUAGAGGAGCCGAGUGAAGUUCCCGAGGGCAGUAGUAACCCCCAGGCGGAGGAAAAUGAUCUGUCUCAGGAUGAGGGCGCAGUACCCAGCGGGGACACUGGAGCUCCGCGAGAAGAAGGAAGCGUUUUCGGGGGCUUGGUUAGUUAUUUCUCGAGUCAGCGCGAAGACGACUUAGACGCGUAG